AUGGACCCCAUCCGCGCCUGCAAACGACCCACUCCGGGAUCCGUGACAGGACAGCGGGUCCGGCCAUCCGCCGGCGAGGUGUCCGAGACGAGGCCGGACCAGCGCGUCGGCUUCGCGGACCUGCCGGCCGAAAUCCACCUCCUCGUCUCCCAGCAGCUCAUCUACCCCGACGCGCUCUCGCUGAAGCACACCAGCAGCUACUUCUACUACCUCGUCGACACGGGCGUGCGCCUCAAGGUGGAGUGGCUCAUGGAGCGCCGCAUGCUACACCUUGAGUGCCCCAACGACAGGCGGUGCGACCUCGGCAGCGACCUUCGCUUCUGCAGAGGCAGCGUGCCUCUUCUGAUGCAGAGACGGCGAGAACACAUGGAGUGCGAGUCGAGACCGGGCCUCGGCUGCCUGGUCUACGGCACGUCCGUGUGCUCCCACCGCCGAAAGAUCAGCGCGCGAUGCCAACGCUGGUUGAGGCGCAGGCUGACGGUGGAGCUGUGGUGGGUUCUGCUCGCCCUGCUGCCUGUCGUCCUGUGCUGGCUCUGGAUGGGCCAUGUCGUGGCAUGGAUUGAUUCCCGGAAGCACUACAAUUUCGAACCCUUCGCCAUGACAGAGUCAUAUGAUUCGGCGACGAACUGA